AAAUACAUGUGUAUGUAUUAAUAAUCAUCAUUGUUUUAGGUUAUUACUGAAUUAUCUAUUCAUUUUUAGAUGUGUACUGUGAAUCGGAAUUAUACAACAAGCUCUUAUCAACAGUUCAACAAAUGCAGAUUUUACCAAAGUAACCAGCGUGGGGCGACGUUUUGUCAACAGUAAUUGUGGCGGCAGAAGAAGACGAGCAGGCUGCCGUAAAGUAGCAGCAGCAGCAGCAGAAGAAAAAGCAGUUUUGUGACACAAGCUAGCGAUAUCGCCUCGACCAGUAACUGUCCGGCCCUGAGUGGCAGUAAACCGAGAAACAAUUGAUUUUGAGGACUGUUGGUGUAAAUUGUGUGGACACAGAAUCCAGGGCAUUGUUCAAGUUAAGGAUUCUGGAGGACAAUUUAAAGAAGCUUAUUAUCGAACCAAUCAAACGUUUUCCAGCAUUUGACACGCACGAAGAAACCAGCAAACCCUUUUGGAUUGAGCCAUGUCUCGCCGAAGAAGCCGCAGCGCAUCCCCAGGACGGUUUUCGCGCUCCUGCAGCAGUAAUGACCCUAGAGAUUUGGAGAGAAGGAUUUUUGUUGGGAAUUUGCCGACUUCUGACAUGGAAAAGAAGGAUUUGGAAGAACUGUUCAGCACAUAUGGGAAAGUAAUCGGCGUGUCCAUGUUUCGCGGGUUUGGAUUUGUACAAUUUGAACGGGUUGAGGAAGCCGAAGCUGCAAAGGCGGCCCAAAAGGGUCGACUGUAUAAAGGUUAUAAAAUAGAUGUAAAUAUGGCAGUGGAGCGACGGCAACCUAAACCUCAAUCCCAGCAGAGCCCUCCACGAAGGGCCCCGUACAGCAGCUAUGGGGACAGCAAAGAGCCCCGGCCUCGCUCACGCUCACCUGUUUAUGCGCGUGAGCCUCGGGAAAGUCGUGAGGGACGAGAGCCUCGGGAGAGCCGCGAAGGACGUGAGCCUCGGGAGAGCCGUGAAGUGAGGGACCCAGUGAGGGACCCAGGGCGGGGCCACUCUCGAGACCAUGAUUACCGGUACCGUACCUCAGAGAGCAGAGACAAGGACCCUCGAGAUCCUGCUUACAGAGAGGAAUAUGACCGCUUCUACCGCAGUGGCAGUAGUGCAGAAGAGUUUUACCGGAGGAAGGAAGAACCCUUCAGGGACCCGUACAGAGACCCCUGGAACGGGCGCCGCGAGUCAGAGGCCGCAGCGGUAGAUGACCGUGCUCGACCAGAGGAGCGCCGGCGUAAUGAGUUGUAUCGCCAGUACUACGAAGAACUCCAGCGACGCUAUGACACAGACCGCCCGGUCGACUGCUCCGUGAUUGUCGUCAACAAAGCGCAAAAGGAGUAUGCGGAGACGGUCGGGAGGAAAGUCCGUGAUGUGGGCAUGGUGGUGGAUCUGAUCUUCCUCAACACGGAAGUGUCGUUAACGCAGGCCCUGGAGGAUGUCGGCCGAGCCCGCACUCCCUUUGCCAUCAUCAUUACCCAGCAGCACCAGGUGCACCGCUCCUGCACCGUCAACAUCCUGUUUGGCACUCCGCAAGAGCAUCGAAACAUGCCAAUGCAGGACGCCAUGAUGCUGGUUUCCCACAAUUAUGACACCUACAAAGUGGAAAACCGUGAAAAAGAACGAGAGGAGAUCGCCAGAAAGGCUGCCAAGAUGGCGGAUGACGUGUUACUCAGGGAGCCUGACAGAGAGGGCCAUCCCAUCUCUGUGCUCACCUCCAUCACACUGCUGUCUGAGAACAGAUUUGUCACCCCAGAGGAAUUGGACAGUCUCAUUGCCUACCUGAAGGACAAAAGAGGACGGCUGCUACGAAGCACUGCAGACCCUCUUGCAGCUACAGCUCCCGCAGCAGUACAUCAUGACGUCCCCCCCUCAGCUGCAGGACUGCCUCCCCCAUCACACUCCACCCACAACCCUCCACAGUCGGGCCACCUCAGCCUAUCGGCUGCUUCCAGCGCCGCGCCAAACAGCAGCCACCAGCAGGAGCUGCAGGCCAAGAUCCUCAGCCUGUUCAACAGUGGGCUGACUGCCAGCCAGCCCCCAUCCGCCCCCCAGCCCAAGCCCUACGGCUCUCUCGGCCCUCCCCAGUCCAUGAACCCAACACGUCCACCCAUGCCCGGUCCAGCUCCAGCCCAGGGUUACGGCGCCCUACAGGGCCGAAUGCAGGUCCCUCUAGGUGGUCAGAGACCCCCCACCUCUGCUUCAGGUAUUAAUUUUGACAGCCCAAGCGUCCAGAAGGCGCUGGACACCCUCAUUCAGAGCGGGCCGUCUCUCAACCACCUGGUGGGCAGCUCUGCCCCUCAGCAGCCGCCCCAGAGGUCAGCCCCAGGCAUGAGCCAAGCCCCUCCCAUGUCGAUGUACCCCCGACAUUACUGAGUGAAUAACAUACCCUGUGACGCAUCAGACCCCCCCACUAACUCUAUGCAGUGAAUAACUGCUGUGUAAAGCUAGAUCGUACGGUUGGAUGUUUUGUAAAAGCUUUUAAUCUUUUUAUUCCGAGUGUUAUGUUUAGUUACUAAAGUUUGAAGACUUGACGGGAUUAGCUAAUGAUCUGUUUUAUUAGUCAGAUAAUUAUUCAGUUAUAGUAAAUGUGAGGUAAACUGAGGCAUGUGUAUCAGUUUAUUUUGAUGGACUCCUUUUGUUCUUUUCCAACCAUGAUGUGUUUUAUAGUUUUGCACAUAUAGUGUUUGUUUUUUAAUUUGUAACAGUUUCAUUGUAAAAGAAUGAUUAAAAACUCGAGACACAA